AUGCCUUCUUGCACGGAGACUUACCUGACGACGUCUACAUGCGACAACCACCCGGGUUCACCGAUCCCACCAAACCCGAUCUGGUAUGCAAACUUCAGAAAUCCUUAUACGGCCUCAAACAAGCCCCCCGCCAAUGGUAACGACGAAUUCACCAUCCAGCACCUUCUUAUCGAGCUCAGAUCAAAUUUUGCGCUGAAACAACUUGGAGAAAUUUCAUUGUUCCUUGGCAUUCAAACCAUACAACAAUCUGAUGGCUUAUUUCUCACUCAGCAACAUUACGCUGAGAAGAUACUAAGGGAGACCAACUUGCAAGACAGCAAACCUGCUUCCACGCCAAGCACCCUCAAAAACAAACAACCUGCACCGGACCUUCUUCCGUACUCCGAUCCAUCCUUCUACCGUCGCAUUGCCGGAUCCUUGCAGUAUUUAUCCAUAACAAGGCCUGACAUUGCCUAUGCAACAAAUCAACUCUGCCAACACAUGCAUCAACCUUCAAAUGCUGACUAUCAAGCGCUAAAACGCCUUCUUUGCUACAUAAAAGGCACCGUCACUUAUGGUCUUCCUAUCCGAUCCGGCGAUCUCACUCUCCGAGCAUUCACCGAUGCUGAUUGGGCCGCCGACUCGAUGGAUCGCAAGUCGAUUUCAGGUUACUGCACCUUCUUGGGACCGACACUUGUUUCUUGGACAGUAAAGAAACAAGUAACGGUAGCCAAGUCCUCCACAGAAGCAGAAUACCGAGCACUGUCGGCAGCUACCUCUGAGGUCAUCUGGCUCCGAAGAUUACUAGAAGAAAUUGACAUAACUCAAACCGGACCAACAACAAUACAUUGCGACAACAUAUCGGCAAUGGCUCUCGCCAAAAACCCGAUCUUACAUGCAAGAACAAAACAUAUUGAGAUCGACUAUCAAUUUAUCCGUCAUCACCUCAACUCGAACAGCAUCCGUCUCACUCACAUUUCAUCCACGGAUCAAAUUGCAGAUAUCUUCACCAAAUCAUUUAUCCCUGCUCGCUUUCAAGAACUUCGACGCAAAUUAACCAUUCAAGAUCCGAAUGAUUAA